AUGGAAUCAUCUUCUUCUUCUGUUUUGAAUCCUAUGGUGAGUCCAGAAGAGUUCAAGAUUUUUCACACCAUAGACCGAACUCUUUAUACUAGACUUGUUGUCAAUCUUGACCGCGACCCCGCAGACUCAAUGCAAGUCAUGGCCUUGUGGAUUUGGCUUGAAAGGGAGGCACGUGGUAAUUUAGUGAAAAGAAUGCUGUCAUUGCCUGAUACCCUUAUCAAUUCACUAGCAGAUGAGGCUGUUCUUUGCUUGAAUUGCAUAGAGACAGACCGGUUUGAUUUUUCUCUAGAAACUAUGAACGAUGAAAUUCCUUUGACUCAACAGUUGACAAAAACUGGUUUCUCUCUUCGGUUUUUCCAUGACAAUCGACUUGGCAUUCUUCGUGCGAUUGCAAAGAUCACCAAUGAAGUUUGUGCAAGAGCUUUCGAAGAUAUCUCGCGACAAGUUAUGGAGAGAAAGGCUGUUGCAGGAGGAAGUAAUGUUGCUGAAAAUGUUGUUGGUCAAAACAAGAACCCUUUGAAUUAUUAUGGUCCAGUGAUUAAUCCUGUACUGUACUGUAAUUCGAAUGCUGCUGGUGUUUAUGGUCAAACGGGGAUCAGUCGACGAUUAAUGUGGCCUAAUGUAGGGCCCCCUGGAUUUUUGCCUGGUUAUGAUCCUUAUGAUCUUGCAUUUCAGAGGCAGAUUCUGAACACCGAGAACAUUGCUGGGGUAUUGAAUCGUCUAAAGAUUAGUGCUGGCGACCAGAAGGAAGAUCAGAAGGAAGUGCAAGCUGAUAGUAGGACUGUUUUCUUGACGUUCUCCAAAGGGUACCCUAUUUCAGAAGAUGAAAUCAGAGACUAUUUCACCAAAAAGCAUGGAGAUUGUACUGAAGCAAUAUAUAUGCAAGAAGUUUCGGCAGAGGAGCAGCCACUGUAUGCACGCCUUGUUGUACCCUCUGCUGCCAUCCUUCAUAACGUUCUCCUGGGACAGGGCAAGGCAAAGUUCACCAUUAAUGGAAAACAUGUUUGGGCCAGGAAAUAUGUCCGGAAGAAUCUUAAGUCGUCGUCUCCAUCAAAGUCACCAACAUCACCACAGCCAACCUCACCCGACACGGGAUCAUCUUAA